GGAGCUUCGUCACUCUUCCACCAAGCUUUCCGGUGCAUUCUUCCUUGCUCAGUAAACUCUCCCCUUCCUCCCUCACUUUUCUUUCUCAGACCUUCAUCCCUCCAAGCUUAGAACAAGUAUGGCCGAGGCAAGCUCAAUUCUUCACCCCUCCAAGCUACCAACAUCCAAGUGGAAGACUCCAUCUCCUAAAGCUCAAAAAGCCACCUCUAGCGUCAUCCCAAGUAUCCUCUACAAGCUCAUCUUGUUCGUCAUCGUCAUCGCUCUCCUUCCCAUGUUUCCCUCCCAGGCGCCUGAAUUCAUUGAGGAAUCCAUCUUCACCAGACUCUGGGAGCUUCUCCACCUCCUCUUCGUUGGGAUUGCGGUGUCCUAUGGCAUUUUCAGCCAGCGGAACGCAGAACCAGAUACAGACAAGGAGUUGUUACAGAAGGAGGAGAGCCCCCAUAGUUUCAUCUCACAGAUGAUUCAUGCUUCACCAGUGUUUGACGAAGAAGAUGAUGGAAUUGGUAGUAUGAACGAGAGAAAUAUUCAAUCUUGGAGUUUUCAAUGCUACAAAAAUGAACCACCAAAUCUGGUCGCCAGUAAACAUCUGCUGUUGCCCGUUCGAAGCAUAAAACAACAAAACCAGGAGAACGAUGAGCAGUCUACCUCAGCUAACUAUGGAAUUGAAGACCACCUGUUUGAUUCAGAGAACGAGUCCGCAGUACUCCCCUCUCCAAUCCCCUGGAUAUCACGCUCAGGGUCGAAGGGGAAUAAGGUCGAACAGGUGGCCGGCAUAAAAGGCAGUAGCAUCAUUCCCUCAACUCCCGCGUCCCCCACUUUGCCUUCCCCAAGGCACCUUUCUCCUUCGCCGUCGUUCUCAUCCGACACGUCGAAGCCGAAGAUUAUCUACAAAAGCAAGGCCAGUCCGCCGCCGCCGCCGCCGCCUCCACCCUACUACCUCAAACAUGAGCACGGAAAUCACGCAACGGCCAGAAGGCUCAAAGAGGAAUUGAAGAACUCGAGCAGGAGAGAAUGUCGGGAUGCCACCAACGACAUAACAAGUCCAAGGAAUGAGCAGGCCGAUAAUUGCGGGGAGGACGUUGCAGAGGCGUCUGGUGGUGCCACAGAAGAAACGUCAAACCAUGAAGCAGGAGGAGGGGAAGCGAAUGAGGUGGACAAGAAGGCGGAUGAGUUCAUAGCAAGAUUCAGAGAACAGAUCAGACUUCAGAGGAUCGAGUCGAUCAAGAGAUCCACCAAGCAGCGAAGUAACAAGAAGCAACAAGUCGUGUGAAGCAGGUGACUAUAGCAGUUUACACGCUUGUACAUAUACGUCAAUGUACUGUCAUAAUUCUGCUUUCAACAGGAUUAAAAACCAACGUAAACUUAGUUAAAAUCA